CAGCUUCUUCCUCUCAGCGCAGUGCGGAAAAACCUCUCAGCGCGACAUUCCUGCCAGACUACACUGAAUAUUACUGUACAAUUACAGCUACAUACAGCUGAAGAUGGCCUCUACGAAGGAGAAGCUCAUCGCUCACGUGAGCAAGGAGGGGCCGGCAGGGCCCACUAACAAGGUGACCGUGGUGGGUGUGGGGAUGGUUGGGAUGGCCGCCGCCGUCAGCAUCCUCCUCAAGGAUCUGACUGAUGAACUCGCCCUAGUGGACGUGAUUGAAGAUAAGCUGAAAGGAGAGGCUAUGGACCUGCAGCAUGGAAGCCUCUUUCUCAAGACACACAAGAUAGUGGCGGAUAAAGACUACAGCGUGACGGCAAACUCCAAAGUGGUCGUUGUGACCGCUGGAGCCCGUCAGCAGGAGGGCGAGAGCCGCCUGAACCUCGUCCAGAGGAACGUCAACAUCUUCAAGUUCAUCAUCCCCAACAUCAUCAAGUACAGCCCCAACUGCAUCCUUCUGGUGGUCUCAAACCCAGUUGACAUCUUGACCUACGUGGCCUGGAAGUUGAGCGGUUUGCCCAGGAACCGUGUGAUCGGCAGCGGCACAAACCUGGACUCUGCUCGUUUCCGUUACCUGAUGGGAGAGAAGUUGGGCAUUCACCCAUCUAGCUGCCACGGUUGGGUCAUUGGAGAACAUGGAGACUCCAGCGUUCCUGUGUGGAGCGGAGUCAAUGUGGCUGGAGUGUCCCUCCAGGGUCUGAACCCUGACAUGGGAACAGAUAAAGACAAGGAGGACUGGAAGAGCGUCCACAAGAUGGUGGUUGACAGUGCAUAUGAGGUUAUUAAGCUGAAGGGCUACACUUCCUGGGCUAUUGGUAUGUCUGUAGCUGACCUGUGUGAGAGCAUCUUGAAGAACCUACGCAAGUGUCAUCCAGUUUCAACUUUGGUCAAGGGAAUGCAUGGUGUGAAUGAAGAGGUCUUCCUCAGCGUGCCUUGCAUCCUGGGUAACAGCGGCUUGACAGAUGUUGUCCACAUGACCCUCAAGUCAGACGAGGUGAAACAGCUGGUGAAGAGUGCUGAGACCCUGUGGGGCGUUCAGAAGGAGCUGACCCUGUGAACCGCGGUCUCCUCCAAAAUGUAGCCAGUGUCACAAAUGACUAACCCCGAUGAGUCCUGCCUAUCUCUCUCCUGACCUCACAACCUCACUGCCUGUAACCAUCAGAUAUCUCUACGCCAGUCUCAGACCUUCAGAUUGUAACGCUCCUUAUUUAAGCGAUUUUAGCUGCAGAGGAGAAAUAGUUUAUUUCUGUUGUCUUGACAAAGAUCAUCAACCUUUGUAAAAGUUUGUGUCUAUGUGCGUACUAUUGUAUAUUCAAGAAAAAAGCAUUUGUGAACAAGAUGAUGUGCAAUUUGAGGCUCUUAUUUUAUUCCAUUCUGAGGUCAGCAGCAUUCCGUACUUAUGUCCUGUGUCACGCAAUUGAUCAUUUCAGCAAGACCAACACGUAAAACCAAAGCUACAAAAUAUCAGUUUUAUGAAAUUUCAUGGUGUGUUUACAUGUACAACAAAAUGAUAAACGUUUAAAAUCAGCUUGGAAACCUGGAAAAUUGUGUUGUUGUUGUUUUUUUUUUUUGGUGGCAGGAUUUGACAUCAAAUUAUAAAAAGACAUACGCACAAUAGUCCUCAUUUGUGAAACAAGCAGAACAAAAAUCUGUAAAUUGGCCAACUUUUCAUGCAUAACUUUUUGCAUUGAAUUGAAUUCAGUUAAUUACCUUAGAAUUAUUGUAGGUACAAUUUUGAAUUUCUAAAUUAAAUGCAACAAUUAAUGCAACAAUGGUUUAGCGAAUGAUUUAAAUUUUUCGCAUUGAAUUUGUUCCAAAAAUUUAACUUGGAACUGCUUUAAAAGAAUGGUUUUAUUUACAAUUUUGAAUUGUUACAUUGAAUUUAAUGCAACGGUUUUAUCUUAGAAUGGUUUUACGAACAAUUUUGAAUUUCUACAUUAAAUGCAACAGUUAACUCAAUGGUUUAAUGAAUGAUUUUGAAUUGUCGCAUUGAAUUUAAAGCAACACUUUAACUUUGAACUGUUUUACAUUUUCAGUUACAUUAAAUGUGACAACUAAUGCAAAAAUGGUAUUAUGAACAAUUUUGAACUGUCACGUUGAAUUUAAUGCAACAAUUUUCCUUAGAAUGGUUUUACGAACAAUUUAGAAUUUCUACAUGAAAUGCGACAGUUAACCUUAGAUUUGUUUUUCAUUUUGAAUUGUUAAACUGAAUGGGAGUUAACAAUGUUGAUUGAAUUGAAUGCAACAAUUUGCAUAAGAAUGUAUUUACGAAUGAUUACGAAUGAAUUUGUUCUGUACAUGUUACAUAACUAUGGUCCAUUUAAUAACAUGACAGAAUCCAAAUAACUUAACAUGCAGAGAGAAAUCACUUUACGAGCAGAACACUGUUUAAAGCAUUUUAGCAUCGUAAACAUUGCAAGAUUGCGCAUGUAAACACAUUGAAUAACUUAAGUUAACUAUAACUUAAGUUUUCAUGUAAUGAAAAACUCCCAGCCGAGUGGUGAGACAACAGCGACGGUUAUAGUGGUUACUUGAAGCGUGUGAUUGUAGAAUUGAGACACAGCCCGUGACUGAAUAAACAGUGUGACUAGCUACAAAA